GCUUUCAUGUGCCAAGCAAGACGAGCGAGAGUGAAAGUGGACGAAGCCAAUGAACUCACGCGCUGUGUGCGCCCAUCUUCAGGACUGCACUUCGAACUGGCAGCACAGGCACCGGUGCUGUCCUAUGGUUUUUAUCGAUGUGCCAAUUUGCCUGAGCUCUGUGUGCGGCUGGUGCGGCGCACGCGCUUCCGCGCCGCGGUGCGGAAGGUCAUGGCCCAGUUGAAGAAGCAGAACCUGAUUCAGGCGGCUGUACGCUCCUUUCUGCCUGCCAAAUCAGAGUCCAUCAGCAGCGAUUACCAGCUGCUGAGCACCUGGACUUUGCCCAAAUUCUAUGCCAGGCUUGAGAUGAUGUAUGAGAUUUUUCUGCGUUGGCGCGGCCCGGCACGGCCUGCCAUCGAAUCUGCGACGACGUCCUGCAUUUGCAGCCCGCAGCCAUCGAAGGCCGUGGCGCCGGCACCAGCCAUGGCCAACUUUGAAGACGCCUUGCAGAAACAGCUGGAGCUGUUGAAGGUGGAAUUGCUUCAGGCACACUGGGCGUCCCACUCGGCCAACACGUCCCACUCGGUCAACAAGGGCUCAAGACGUAGCAGCACCCUUUCCGUUCCCGUCGAUUUGGAGGUGCCGGGGCAGGAGGUGAUCCCCUCCGAACAUGACGAAGAGGUCGGCGUGGCGUUGCGCGUUUCGGACCACUUUGCGAAUGGCAUCGCAGUUCGAUGGGCCCGCCUUUCCCGCGCCUUGCUGGCACCACCUCCAUCCGAGGCGGGACGGAUUUGA